AGCGGAAGUAGAGUGAGCGGAAGCAGUUGAGGCAACGAAGAAGAAAAACAGUUGUGUCGAUGUUUUGGUGUUCGUAAACCUACCAUAGCACCACUCGCAACGUACGUUAAAAGCUGUUCUUUUUAUAAUGUAACGCAAUCUGAAUUCAGUCUGUGCAUUUAUUGUGUAUGUUAAUAUUUAGCAGCUAGCGUUUGCAUCGAUGCUACCGUACAAUAGCAGCACGUAACGUUAACGUGACCUCUUUAAACUCCUUACAGACCACCAGCUAAUGUUAGCAUUGAUGCUAACUUUACAAUAACAACACGUAACGUGACCUCUUUGAAACUGCAGACCAGCUGGAUAAAGCAGAAGCGCAAUGACUCGCCAUGGAAAGAACUGUACGGCCGGAGCUGUCUACACGUACCACGAGAAGAGGAAAGAUACCGCGGCGUCUGGUUACGGCACUCAGAGCAUUCGGCUGGGCAAAGACGCCAUCAAAGACUUUGACUGCUGCUGCCUGUCUCUGCAGACCUGUCAGGAUCCUGUGAUGACUCCAGAUGGAUUCUUGUAUGAAAAACAGGCCAUUCUUGAAUACAUUCUGCACCAGAAAACAGAAACUGCCAAGAAAAUGAAGGCUUAUGAGAAGCAGAAGCAGGCGCAGAAGAGCAGCAGCCGACUGGAGUCCAAGUCCGAAGAAAGAGAGAAAGUGGAGAGGUUUAAGACCCGGGAGAACAGCAUUGUGUCCAAACCCAUCAACCCAUUCACAUCCGGACUAACGCAAGGAGGAGAGAAGGGCCGGACAGACAGCGGCUCAGCACAGUCCUCCUCCUCUGCUGCUUCUGUGGCCUCUUCCAGUCAGAGCCUCCCCAGCUUCUGGAUCCCCUCUCUGACACCACAGUCCAAGCCCACCCUGCUCAAGAAACCCAGUAAGACCGUGUUAUGUCCCAUGUCAGGAAGACCCAUUAAGAUGAAUGAGCUCAUCCCAGUGCGCUUCACCCCUCUGGACCCCAGCCUGGAUCGAGUGGCCUUGCUCACCCGACAGGACAGAUAUGUGUGUGCAGUCACCAGAGACAUCCUGGGUAACAGUGUCCCGUGUGCUGUCCUGCGGCCCUCGGGGACGGUUGUCACUCUGGAGUGUGUGGAGAAGCUGAUCAAGAAGGACAUGAUGGAUCCUGUGACCGGAGACAAACUGUCCGAAAGGGACAUCAUCCCAAUGCAGAGGGGCGGAACCGGCUUCUCUGCGUCCGGAGUCGACCUCCGGGCCAAAGAGGCACGUCCAGUGAUGCAAGUAUGAGACGGAGGACAGCGCGGCCACCCGUCUCACAGGCCUGCUCCUUGUUGUUUUUUGCAUCUGUUGCUUACUGGCUUUCCUACUUCAAACUGUAAACGUCCCUUCCAUCCUGAACUAUAUUCCCAGAAAUAGAUGUGGCCAGAGUAGUCUCACCAGUUACUUCCUGUUUCAGGCAUUAAACUACAUAAUAGUUUGUCCUUUUUUGAUGUGAUCGCAUCAAAUGAUUUCAAAAACAUCAUUAUUUAGACAAAGGUUAGUGAUGUUAGUGGUAAAGGAUCAUUUGGAGAAAGUUUAAAGUUGUUUUCAUUAAACCAUGAACUUAUGGAAA